AUGUCAUAUAAUCCUUAUAACAAUUUUGAUAACAAUAACAUUAGAAGAGAGCUGCCGAAGCCCACUUCUUCUGGAGUUUUGGGAGGUAACGGAAAUUAUGAAUCAUCAAAUCGUGAUUCCUACAAUAAUAGUAAUUACAUGACUAACAACUAUCAUCAAAAUAUACGUGGACAUACUAUUCCUAAUAACAACAAUUCUAAUAAUAAUUUUUCCCCUUACCAAGCUACCAGUAACAUGACCCAAACUGAAUAUAAUUAUCAGCAAAAUUUAUAUGCGCAGAAUGGCCCAAUGUUAUAUAAUCAACAAUGGACUAAUCAGUUGAAUCAUCCUCCACCAGGAGCAUAUUUUGGUGCCAAUACAGGAAAUCCCAGUAAUGCUUAUGCUAGAGGUUAUUAUGGCAAAGGAUCUUCACCAAUAUACCCGACAGUUCCAGUUUCAAAUUCAUCAGGAGAUAGUAUUGGGCAAAAAAGGACAUGUGAAUUUGAACGAGAAGUGGAAAUAAAUAAGAAGAGAACAGAGUGUAUAGAUGCAACUGAAAAGCUCACAGAGACUGUAGUCAAAGCAAUUGAAUUGAAUGCAGCAGUAUUACACCAGAAAUCAAUCAUUGAAGAGCAGGAACAAAAUAUUCCAAGGUUAAUACCUUUUAAAGAAAGUAACUCUGUAAAUGCUACUAAUAAAAGUGACACUAAUGAAGUGGAAUCAUCUGAAGCGGAUGACAACUCAAGUUCCGAUAGUUCUGCAGAUGAACUCUCUAGCGAAGAUAAAGCUAAGCCAAUAUUGGAUGAUUCAGAUGUUGAAGCUGAUACAGAAAACAAUAAGAUAGUUACUGUUCCAGGAACAAAUAUUUCACUAAUCACUGAUGAAGAUAUAGAAAAAUGGAAAAAGGAAAGAAGGAAGAUGUGGUUGUUAAAAAUAUCUAAUAAUAAGGAAAAGCAUAUCGAAGAUAUGGGUAUCAAAGCUGAAGAUUUAAAGGGAUCUAAUAGCAUAUUUAAGGAAACGAAAAAGAAUAAAGAGUUCAUUCAAAAGAUCAAUAAUCAAGUAACGAGAACCAAUCCAAAGUCAAAUUUGAAUAUGAAAAUUAUCCAAAGAGAAAUGCUUAAAGAGAAUUCCAAGAUAUUGGAUUUUAUUAAAGAACUAGGGGAUGCACAUUUAUUAGACUAUGAAUUAACUGAGUCAGAGAAACUGCAAUUGUUUGGAAGCGUGAAUGAUCAGAAGAACAGACGAAAUGACUUCAACUGGAAUAAAGGAAGAAACAGUUUCAAAAAUAAUAAUCAAAAAUCUCCAAGAGAUGCUAAACCUAGAUCAGCCAAAUAUGCAAAAAAUAAUGAGUAUUUAUUUUAA